AGACUGAAAUUAACGCAGAACUCCGAUCCAUCGGUUCCGUUAAUCCCGUACAGACUCCCGAGAGCACGCGGCUUAACCCGCCUCCCCCCGCGCUGACACAGGCCGCCGAGAGACCCGGUACCGCGGCAGCUGCUCGUUACCCGCGGGGACCUCGCUACCGGACCGGCUCGCGCUCUUUUUCCCUGUAGCGCGCGCUGCGGCUCCGCUGCUGAUCCGGUGUCGCGCGCCGCUGCGGGCUGCUGUUGUUAUAGCGACCCGAGCUAGCCGCAGCCAACCCAGAGCCCUGGAACCGCACUUUAUUCACCCCCGGAGCUUUUAACAGCUUUUAGCGGACGCUCCGGGACAGCGCGCGCAGCCAACCGGAGCCUGGAGUAUAGAUUGUCGUGUGCCGGCCCACUGCUCAGAAACGUCCCUAUGGAUGAGUUGAAGAUUGACCUGUGCUGACCCCCAUCAGGAGCUCCCUGGAGGAAGGAUGGAUUUAUCCCGCUCUCCUCAUCCCGACGCCUUUUCCAGUCGCAUGUCAAUGCCAGGGUCUUCCCCCCGACAGAGACGCCGCAGCAGGUCUGUCCCUCAGUCUGUGGGAUUAGCGCAGAAGCAGUACAUCGCCGCCUGUGGCUAGACACUAUGCGCUCACUUUACUGAACACUGGGCUAGGACGUCUGCAUCCCGGCCGCUUUUACUUCCAUCCCAAUGGUGUCCGGUCAGUUUCUGCACCCUGUUCCUCGCUGUAUCUGUUGCACCCAAUUAGGACUGUCCCCUGGAGCCCCGCGGGACCGACGUCUCGAUCAGGUGCAGGGCCUGCCGGGCACAGAUGUUGCCCGACACGGACCCGUCCACUCCUUUCUGAAAUAAGUGACUCAUUCGGACCUCUGGGUAGAGGUGGACUCGUGCCCCAUGGCAUGGGUCAAGCUGUUCAGGAAGCCAGGGACCGGCUCCACUGGCACAGGGGGACCUGCGGGCCCGGGAACGGGGCCGGGGCUGGGGAGGUCCUAUCAGCCAGGCAGCAUGCUCUCGCUGGCCCUCACCAAGGGCCUCCUCAACGAGCCGGGCCAGAACAGCUGCUUCCUCAACAGUGCCGUGCAGGUUCUCUGGCAGCUGGACGUCUUCAGGAGGAGUCUGAGGCAGCUGUCUGCGCACUUCUGCCUCGGUGACGCCUGCAUCUUCUGUGCUUUAAAGAGCAUCUUCAGUCAGUUUCAGCAAAGUCGAGAGCGGGCGUUGCCGUCCGACACCCUGCGGCACGCGUUGGCCGAGACCUUUAAGGACGAGCAGCGUUUCCAGCUGGGCCUCAUGGACGACGCUGCAGAAUGCUUCGAGAACAUCCUGGAGAGGAUCCACCUGCACUUAGUGUCCGACUCGGCCGCUGAAGCCUGCACGUCCAAGUCCUGCAUCACGCACCAGAAGUUCGCCAUGACUCUUUACGAGCAGUUUGUGUGCCGGAGCUGCGGAUCGUCGUCGGACCCCCUCCCCUUCACAGAGCUAGUGCACUAUGUCUCCACUACGGCCCUCUGCCAACAGGUGGAGCGGGUUCUGGAGAGGACGGACAGGCUGAGGUCUGAUAUGUUUGGGGAACUGCUGCAGGCAGCAAACACCAUCGGGGACCUCCGCAACUGCCCUAGUAACUGUGGGCAGAGUAUAAAGAUCCGCCGGGUUCUGAUGAACUGUCCCGAGAUCGUCACCAUCGGGUUCGUGUGGGACGCCGAGCAGUCGGACCUGACCGAGGACGUGAUCCGCUCGCUCGGACCCCACCUCAACCUUUCAGGGCUCUUCUAUCGAGUCACUGAUGAAAAUGCCAAAAAACGAGAUCUUCACCUGGUGGGCAUGAUCUGCUACUCCAGCCGCCAUUACCUAGCCUUUGCCUAUCACAGCAAGUCUUCCAAAUGGGUGUUCUUCGAUGACGCCACCGUGAAAGAGAUUGGUUCUAAAUGGAAAGAUGUAGCGUCGAAGUGUAUCCGGGGUCAUUUCCAGCCGCUGCUUCUGUUCUAUGCUAAUCCAGACGGUACUGCAGUAUCCAAUGAGGACGCACCCAGACAAACCACCAUGUGGUCCCAGUUCAAGUCUCCCCUCAACGGGGAGGGAACAGUAGCUGACGUUUCUCUCUCAGGGUCGAAGAAACUUGACGGCGUGAGAGAGCCUGCUGGCUCCCUGCGGACCAAUCAGGGAACCCACAAGCAACCGCUGCAAUCAGCCAGUCGGCUCAAAGUGCUUCCGGAAAGUCCGGGCCGACUGCGGGAGUCUUCCAGAGAGCCGUCACAGGGAGGUGGAGGAGGAGGAGGAGGAGAGCGGCUGAGGAGAGAGAGUGAUCGGAGCCAUCGCAGACCCGACUCCUUCCAACACAAAGAUAUGGCGUAUCCCAGGUCCUCUUCUCCCACUGAGAACGGUCUUCGCUCGCACUCUGACCAGAGACACCGUCCCGCUCUCUGUCGCCCGUCCCGCCCGGAGCGCUCCUCCUUCUACCCCCGCGGGUCACCCCAGGACCCCCGCUCGCACCCGGACCCUUCGGCCCGGAGACACGACUCCUCCUCCUCGGGACAGUACGAGCUGGGGGACGUGUCUGAGCGCGAGAGGUCUAAGCCGUCCUGGCGUCCGGUGCGGGAGGUCCUGAACGUAGACCGGGUCCUGAACGAGCUGGAGCGCCGCCAGCAGCAGCAGCAGCAGCAGCACGGGAGCCCGCGCUGCAACCGCCGGCGGCUCGGCCAGGAGAGGGCGCUAACGGAGCGGAAGCAGAAAGGCCUGAUGACCAUCUACGAGGACGAGUCCAGGCUGGAGACGGAGAGCCGCAGUUCUCAAGAGUCUCAGCGCAGAGCCACGCCCACCAGCUCGGCACCACGCCCUAAGGGCGGAGCCAACGGCGGCCUGAGGGGUGACAACUGGACGAUCCAGAGGACUGAGUCGGGCUACGAGAGCAGCGAUAGGCUGAGCAGCGGAUCCACCAAUCCUGAUUCGCCAGGCGUAGAGAACUUCGCUGGGAAGGAGCUGCGAGUGACUCCAGAAACUCAGCAGAUCAGGGGUCAAGUUCAUCACAAUCGCGGCGACUCUAAACCUGAGCCAGUGCGCUCUCCAUUGUGUCACGGUAAACAUCUGUUAAAGGUCCAGGGCAGGAACACUGAGCACCUGAUGAAGGGCAGCCCGAGCUCACGACGGAAGCAGAGGUACUCCUCCUCCUGCAGCUCCCGGAAGGGAACCGGCUCUGAGCGGGACCCCACGGCCCCUGAGCAGCAGGACGUCCCGCUCUGUUCCCCCGAGAGCCCGGCGGUGCGGCGGGUCUCCAGGCUGAGCAGCUCCGAGUGCAACAGCUCAGACGAGACCACCAACCCCCCGUCCGAGCAGGAGGACAGCGCCUACCGCUCCAGCACCAGCGAGACGGCCCCGCCCGAAUCCCCCCGCCCGGGACGUCCCGUCCGAGACGAGUCUCCUCUGGCCACACGACCCAAACAGGGCCGGACCCCCCCCUUCCGCCCGCGCCUCCUGCAGGAGCCGUCCCAGACGAGCCCACGACCGGCCAAUCACCGCAGACUGGACCCCUGGCAGGCCUCGUCCGACCUGAGCUCCAAAUCCGGCUCUGAUCAGGAGCGGGGCGAGUCCGGGGCCAGCGAGCCGUCAGACGAGAGACCCCGAGCCCCCGCCUCCAACUCCGCCUCCACAUCUAGCUCCGCCCCUCAGGGACCCGGAGUGGCUCUCACUACGUACUUCAACGUGGACAACUGCAUGACGGACACCUACAGACUGAAGUACCACCACCAGAGGCCGCUAGUGCUCGCCAUACCCGAGCAGAGGGGAGGGGGCAGGGGGGCGGAGCACCGAGACACCCCCCACUCCGUCCACUCCGCCCACACGGACGCUCCGGAGCACAGCAAGAACAGGCCCGAGACAGGCCCAAGCAGCAAUAAGUCCACUGCAAAGUGGCACCCAGUAACUCCUAAAGGACUGGACGAGCGUGGAUAUUUGUGAAGGUCCUGAUUGUUGGAAAAUAUGCAGUUUGAAGCUGAGGCCAAAGAUUGGAGGAGGAGGAGGAGGAGGAGGAGGAGAGUCAGUGGAUGUUUAUUAUUGGACUCUGGGAGCUGAGGCUGGAGGAGAGGCAGGUGUGUGUUGCUGAGAAGGGUGGUUGCUGGGGUUCUGUCCGGGUGCAGGUGUGUGUGUGUGGGGGGGGUGGGGGCAGGAGGGCAGAAUGCACUUUGGCUUAUCAUAGAGUUCACAUGCAAACCAUGGCUGGCCAUUUCUGUGCUUUGGAGUUUCUUCAGGAGAUCUGACUGAAGGUAAGGAAAGAGUCUGAGCUCGCGUGUCUCGGUGAAUUCGGAACGUUGCGGUUUCUCCGGCGGUAAAGUUAGAAUUUUACCGCGGACCAGAACUUUGUUGCGUCUUCACAGGUUGCUUAUGGAGUGCCUUCCCGCUGUCGGUCGUGCUGAAUAUUGGCAUGACGAUUCAUACGAUACGUCUGUUGUACAAUGAUGUCCUCUAUCUAUUUUUGGAGAUGUCUAUGCAUUUAUUUUUAUUCUUUGUUUAAUAAAUAUUAUUUGAAUGCUC